AUGGCAGAAGCCAGUAUUUCCAUAGAUCAUGAACAUUUGAAUUGUCCGAUUUGUCUGUUUCUGCUGAAGGAUCCAGUGACGACUCCAUGUGGACACAGCUUCUGUAUGGUGUGUAUCAAUGGUUUUUGGGAUGACGAACAGAAGAGAACCUACAGCUGCCCUCAGUGUCGGGAGACUUUCACUCCGAGACCCGUCCUGCGUAAAAGCAACGUGCUGGCGGGGGUUAUCGAAUCAGUGCAGAAGACUGAACUCCAAGCUUCUUUUGAUAAAGUUCUGCCCCUCGAAGUCCAAGAUGUGGAGUGUGAUUUCUGCAUUGAUGAGAAGAAGAAAGCUGUGAAGUCCUGUCUGACGUGCAUGGCUUCCUAUUGUGAUACUCAUGUUCAGCCUCACCAUGAAGUUCCUGCUUUCAAGAAGCACCAGCUGGUCUCAGCUAUCGGAAAUCUGGAGGAAAAAACCUGCACCCAACAUAACAAGCUUCUUGAAGUUUUCUGCCGCACUGAUCGGAGAGCAGUUUGUUAUCAGUGUUUGAUAGACAAUCACAAGGGGCACAACAUAGUCACAGUUCAAGAAGAGUGGAUGGAAAAAAAAAAGCAAUUUGGAGAGCUGCAAAUGAAAUAUCAAAAUAGACUCGAGAAGAGAGAGAAGAUCCUGCUAGAGCUGAAGGAGUUAAUAGAAUCAUUUAAGCGCUCUGCACAGGCUGCAGUUGAGGACAGUGAGAAGAUUUUCUCUGAGCUACAUCUCUCUAUUGAGAAAAGAAGGUAUAAGGUGACAGAGUUGAUUCGUGCUCAGGAGAAAGCUGAACUGGAUCAAAUGACUGGACUCCUGGAGCAGCUCGAGCAUGAGAUUGCUGAUCUUAAGACAAGAGAAGCUAAACUAGAAAAGCUGUCUCACACAGAUGAUUAUAUCCAGUUUGUUCAGAGUUUUUUGAGUUCUGAGCUGGAAUCAGAUAAUUCAUGUAAAGUUGCUUUCAAUCCACAAUGGUCAUUUGAGAAUUUCAAGACUUCAUUGUUCCAGCUGAAAGAGGAACUGGAGGAUUUUUGCAAAGAAAGGAUUGAGAAGAUUACUGAAAAUGUGAACUUCGGCCACAUCAUAAAAACACCUGAGCCAGAGACCAGAGAGGAAUUCCUGAAAUAUUCUUGUGAGCUGUCACUGGAUCCCAACACUGUGAAUUUUGAUCUUGUGCUGUUAGAUGAUAACACCAAGGUGAAAUGUGAUGGUAAAGUACAUUCGUACAUCAGUCAUCCUGAGCGAUUUACCUCCUGGCACCAAGUGCUUUGUAAGCAAAGUGUGUCUCAGCGCAGUUACUGGGAGGCUGAAGUGGAUAGUGAAAAUGGAGUUUCUGUUGCCAUGUCUUAUAAAGGAAUCAGCAGAAAUGGCUCAGACAUUGAGUGUAGGUUUGGACAUAAUACGAAGUCCUGGCGAUUAGUUUGCUACCCUACAAAAUACUAUUUCUGGCAUAACAAUGUUAAGAUUGAUUUAACUGGUCCAAAACCCAAAAGAAUUGGAGUCUAUCUGAAUCAAAAUGCAGGAACUCUUUCUUUUUACAGUGUUUCUGACAGAAUGACCCUCAUACAUAAAGUCACGAGUAGAUUUACAGAGCCCCUGUAUCCUGGCUUUGGAAUAGGUUUUGGAUCUUGUGCAAAGAUUUGCCUUCAAGUUUCAGAUGAUAUUACAGCUGGGUCUGCCUGUGGGAAUUAAGAGGAGGGGUUUUAUUCAGAGAUGCAUAUGGAUGAUUAUUGUUUUUUUUUUAAAGUAAUUUGUUUCAUUGAAAUAAUCAGUAUUGGUUUCUACGAGAGUGAACUGCUUUGUGGUAGCUUUAUUUUCGCUUACCUUAAGUUCCUUUAUCUUGAAAAAUGCAUUGAUAAAAAUAAGCUCAAUUUUGAGAAGUUGAAAUUAUUUGAAGCAUAAAGUCAAAAUAUUAUGGCCAAAGGGUGUGCAGUAAUGCCAGACGAAAGUUUAGAGAAGCACAGACGAAGAGGAGCAUCUACCUCCAAGUUCUGCUUUAACAAGAAAGACAGUUUCCUCAAAGUA